UGCUAGCUGGGGCAAUGGUUGGUUUGUUUGCUUCGUGAUUGUAGCUUUGGCGAGCUCCCUUACCUUACUGCAGACAGUCUUCGGAGACGAGCUCCUGGGUGUGCAGGUUGUCGAUGACAACCGACCAAGAGGGAUGUUAUCCGACAUGCUGCAGGUGCUCCGCGGUGCAGGUAAAGUAGCGUCCGCCCUGCUCACCACGCAGGCGGAGCAGCUCAGGCUGGUCACAUGCAACUCGUCUCUCGGGGCUGGAGUCCAAGCUGCCCAGGGAGUGCUAGAGGGACUAGUGGGCACAGUCAUGGGAGAUAGUACUGGGAAACAGUCUAUAACCGAGGAUGUGUUCCCGGAUGCUGAGGGCUGGGAGGAGAUGGACCCUGAAGAAGCAGCCAAGUGGGCUGUAGAGUCUGAGUUUGCCCCUGAUGCAGCAAAGCAAAAUCGGGCUGGGGCAGGGGCCUCAUCAGAGGUGCUAACAGGAGUGCCUUCUGCCGCAGGGGCUGCUCCAGGAGGAGCAGGCUGGCGAAGACAGAGUACCCGAUUCCUCCAUAUCGCCCCUGGCCCUCAGCACUACUGCCAGACCAGGUUUGUUCAUGAGACAGUGGUGGCCAGACUCACGCCAGAGGACAUCAGGAAGGCCAGGGAGGCUAAGCAGACAUUGGUCAAACCAGUCAGACAGAAGCUGAGUGACCGUUCAAGGGAGAGGAAGGUGCCUGCUACGAGAAUCAGCAGGCUGGUUAACUUUGGUGGACUGGCAGUAGGUCUGGGGAUUGGUGCAAUUGCAGAGGUGGCAAAGCAGUCCCUUGGAGGAAAGCGAGCAGGAGACAUGGGUGCCCUGCUAGACUCUCCUCUUCUGUCAGAGGCCAAUGCUGAGAGAAUAGUCAGCACGCUGUGCAAAGUCCGAGGGGCCGCACUCAAGAUUGGGCAGAUGCUCAGCAUACAAGAUAACUCCUUCAUCAACCCCCAGCUGCAGAAGAUCUUUGAGAGGGUCCGGCAGAGCGCAGACUUCAUGCCGGCAUGGCAGAUGAAGAAAGUUUUAGAAGAGGAGCUGGGGAAAGACUGGACCGGGAAACUGUCAUCCUUCGAAGACAAACCAUUUGCUGCAGCCUCCAUAGGUCAGGUGCAUCAUGGAGUUUUAAAAGAUGGUCGAGAAAUUGCAAUGAAAAUCCAGUAUCCAGGAGUGGCAGAGAGUAUCCACAGUGACAUCAACAACUUGAUGUCAGUACUGAAGAUGAGCGUGGUCCUGCCAGAGGGUUUGUUUGCAGACAGCAGCUUAGAGGUGCUGCAGAGGGAGCUCGCGUGGGAGUGUGACUACAAGAGGGAAGCAGAGUCUGCCAAAACAUUCAGGUCGCUGCUGGAAGGAGAUAAGUUCUUCCAAGUCCCUGAGGUGAUAGAUGAGCUGUCAAGGCAGAGGGUGUUGGCUAUGGAGCUGGUGCAGGGAGUCCCACUGGACUGCUGUGUGGACUUGGACCAGGAGACCAGGAACCAGAUCUGUUUCAAUAUUCUGCAGUUGUGCCUUAGGGAGCUGUUUGAGUUCAGGUUCAUGCAGACGGAUCCUAACUGGGCUAACUUCUUCUAUAAUGCAGACACCAACAAGGUUAUUCUGUUGGACUUUGGAGCCUGUAGAGACUACCCAGAAUCCUUCACAGAUGACUACAUACAGGUGGUGCAUGCCGCCUCUGUGGGUGAUCGAGCCACUGUUCUCUCCAAAUCAAAAGAUCUGAAGUUCUUGACAGGCUUCGAGGCCAAGGCCUUCCAGGAUGCCCAUGUGGAGGCGGUGAUGAUCUUAGGGGAGGCCUUUGCCUCCACAGAGCCCUUUGACUUUGGCCUUCAGAGCACAACGCAGCGAAUCCAGAGCCUGAUCCCCAUCAUGUUGCGCCAUCGUCUCACCCCUCCACCCGAGGAGACCUACUCCCUCCAUCGCAAAAUGGCCGGCUCCUUCCUCAUCUGCUCCAAGCUCAAGGCGCACAUCCCCUGCCGGGACAUGUUCCUAGAUAUCUACAACAGCUAUACCCAGAGGAGGCAAGCCACACAGGCAGCUCAGGCGUAAGAGCCGAGGCACACCCUCAUCACCUUCUAAAGGACACCUUCUGUUUAAAGUAAAGGGACGAAAGGAUUUGAACCUUCAAAUUCUAGGCUUUGGAUCAAGGCAUGUCUCAAAUCAUAGGGCCAAUAGACUAAUACUCAUCCCCCUGGGGUGUGACUUGUGACUACAUUAUGAGAAAAAGUUAUUUCCUUUGCUAUUGCUGGCGGUGCCGCUGCAGUCCAUCAUUAGCUUAAUUUUGUGCAGACCACUGAUGUCAGCCUUACAGUAUGAUGACUUGGGGUAUCCCUCCCCAAUUUGUCAAGUCGGUGAAUCGAUUCUACUGUUGCCCUCGACAGGUUUCCAGUCGCAGCAGUCUGCCAACACAUUUGAGAUGUGAUGAAGCCUCUGCCUGUAUAAAAACAUGUUAAUACAUAACGGUAAUGGUUAACUGUGUGAAUUGUGUUAUUUGAAAUUGGUGUUAAUAGUUUUGUAAUGACCGAUACGAACUGUAGCUCAAACUGCUGAUUUGAUUUAGAUACUAAAUGGAAGCAGUAUUUUAGUGUGUCUUGGAUCAUUGUGUGGAAAAUAUUACCCAAAAAGUUUCUAUCUCACCGUCAGCAAAUGCUGGAAACAAGGCUGCUGUACAUGUGUGGCAACAUAAUGUCACUAAACCCGUUUAGCACACGGUGUGAUCAACACAACGUUCUUUUUUCAAUGACUUCCUGGAGCGUGGAAGAGAUGUCCUCUAAAACUAGAUCUGCCAUUGUUCCAAAAGAUGGGUUAUAAAAAAUAAGAUUAAAAGAAAAAAGUUGAAAAAGAAAAGAAAAAUAAGCAAGAUAAAUAAAUAAUAAUAAAUUGUAAAAUAAUAAGUAAUAAUACAUACAAAGUUAAAAGACGGGUUGUGUUUUCAGGUCAUGUUUUUGCUGCCAAAUAUCCUCUUGUGCUGUGAGUCCUCUUCACUGCCCUGUCAGUGCUGUGAGGAGGACUCACAGCACUGACAGGGCAGUGAAGAGGACUCAGCACUGACAGAGCAGCGAGUCCUCAUCGAGUCCUCAUCACUGCCCUGUCAGUGCUGUGAUGAGGACUCACUGCCCUGUCAGUGCUGUGAUGAGGACUCACUGCUCUGUCAGUGCUGUGAUGAGGACUCACUGCCCUGUCAGUGCUGUGAUGAGGACUCACUGC